CGCGCGCUCGGGGUAAAAUGGCUGUGUCUCGCGGAGCCUCGUGCUGGUUUGGUCGGUUUUCUGUCGCGCGCGCUCUCGUUCCCGCAGCCCCCCUCGUGUUUUUGUUUUUCUGUGUUUGUUGCGCGGCCGCCUCUUCCCGGGGGGGUCCCGCCGAGUGGCGCUAGACCGGACCGCGGGACUUUUAUUUAUUAUUCUUUCACUAACUUUUAUUUUAUUAUUUUUUUCCUCCCCUUUUUCUUUAAUUGGAGACGCUGGUCCGGGGAGUAGGAGUGAGGAGUGAGGAGUGAGGAGUGAGGAGGAUGAGGAGGAUGAAGAAGAUGAAGAAGAUGGUGGGGACAUUGUUGUAAAUAAGUGCAUUUAUGUGGAUGUUUGGAGCUCCGGACUGCGAGCGAGAGGGCGAGUCGCAUUGAAAAAGAGUGAGAGAGUGAGAGAGAGAGAGUGAGAGAGAGAGAGACAUAGACACACACUCUCUCACACACACACACACACACAUACACACACACACAGGGGAUAUUAUCAUGGCCGCUCAGGUCGCCACUCUCAACACAAGCCCGGCCGCCGAGCUGAAGAAAGCGGACCGGGAGCCUCCGGAGGAGCCGCCGGCGUCGGUGGCGGCGGCGGCGCCCGGCGAGAAGCAGCAGCCCCAGCCGGCGGCGGCGGACGGGAAGGAGAGGGAGGCGCGGGCGGACGGAGGAGCGUCCCCGGGACAGAAGGAGCUGCAGGACGGGGCCGAGGUGGGAAACGCAGGAGAUCCUGAUAUGAAGAACGGGAAUCCGCCCAGAGUGAACAGCGCCAACCAGAACGACUCGGAGCCCGGCGCGGCCCACCAGCACCCCGCAGCCGCCUUCCCUCCACCUCCUUACGGCUACAGCCAGCACUACAGCCGGGCCCCUUUUCAUCAACAUGGCGGACAACAAAGCCCUGGCACACUGCUAGAGCCCUACCCGCCCAACUCGCACGACCCCGGCUUCUCGAACCACUAUAACAGCUACAGCCCGUUCCCCGGCCGGACUGCCUACCAGGGCCCGGGCUACGGAGUCGGCUCCCCGCGGGGCGGCAGCGGCCAGGCCCAGGCUCAGGCUCAGGCUCAGGCGGCCCAGCCGGGCAAGCAGCAGCAGCAGAUGGUGGGAUCCUACAACAACCAGAGGUACAGCAGCAUGGUGACCCCUCAGCCGACCUCCACACCAACCCUCAACCAGCUGCUGACCUCGCCGAGCUCCACCAGGACCUACCAGAACUACCAGGGCGAGUACAGCGCGCAGGACGGGGCGAAUAAGGGGGACGGAUCCGCCGCUCAGUACGGACACCCGGCCUGGCAACAAAGGGCCCACCAUCCGCCGCCCGUGAGCCCGGGGAGGAACCAGCCUCCAGGCCCGAUGGAGCAGGUGGGGAAGAUCCGGGCUCAGCAUUACGGAGCAGGAAACCCCUACUCUCAGCCGCAGGGGCCUCCAGGGGCCCAGCAAGGGCCUGCAUACCCAGGGCAGGGCUACGGACCUCCAGGACCCCAGAGGUACCCCAUGAGCCUGCAGGUGCGCAGCCCUGCGGCGAUGGGCGGCAUGCAGUACGGACAGCAGAUGGCUUACGGACAGCACGGUCCAGGAGCUUACAGUCAGAGCCAGGGUGGCUACUAUGGCCAGCAGGGUCCCGCCCCUCAUGGAGGUCCACAGCAGUCUCCGUACCCCCAGCAGCACCCCGGCGGCCCCGGCUCCCAGAACCCGUACUCCCAAACUCCCUCAGGCCCUACUCAUCCGCAGGGAGGGCCUCCUUAUGCUCAACCCCAGGGACCAACACAGGGACCCUCCCAGGGCCAGUCUCCAUAUCCCACGCCCCCUCAGUCCCAGACUGGCCAGACGCCCUAUCCACAAUCCCAGGCUCAGCCUCAGUCACAGGGUCCUUCUCAGACGUCGCAGGGUCCCCAGCCUCAACCUGGAUACCAACAACCCCCUCCUGGUCCUGCGCAGCCUCCCCAGCAGCAGCAGCAGCAGCAGCCCCCCUCUCAGCAACAGCAGCAGCAACAGCAGGGUCCACCUCAGCAGCAGCAACAGCAGCAGCCCCCUCAGCAGUCUCAGCAGCCCCCCGGGCACGGGCAGCCCUCACCUUACUCACAGACCCCCCCACUGCAGCCGCAGCAGCAGCCGUCACCCUACCAGCGCUUUCCGCCUCCCCCACAGGAGCUGUCCCAGGACUCCUUCAGUUCUCAAGCAUCUGCUCCUUCCUCUAACCCACCCAUGGCCUCCAGUAAGAGUGGUACGGAGGACAGCCUGCAGGGACGGCCUUCCAGCCUGCCGGAUUUGGGCUCUAUUGAUGACCUCCCGACGGGUACUGAUGGCGCUCUGAGUCCAGGCGUGUCCAGCAGUCAGGGAGAGCAGAGCAACCCGGCUCAGUCGCCCUUUUCCCCCCACACAUCCCCCCACAUGCCGGGCAUCCGAGGCCCCUCACCCUCACCCGUCGGCUCACCAGCUGGCACCACGCCCUCACGCACCGGACCCCUCUCACCUGCCGCUGUGCCAGGAAACCAGAUGCCCCCCAGACCUUCCAGCGUUCAGUCAGAUGGAAUCCUUCAUUCUUCCAUUAACCAGUCAGCCAUGGGCCAGGACCGAGUCUACAUGCGGAACCCUCAGAUGCCUCCGUACGGCUCGCCUCAGCCUGCCUCCGCCUUAUCCCCCCGCCAGUCCUCUGGAGCACAGAUGCAUGCUGGGAUGGGUCCCUAUCCUCAGAACAACUCUAUGGGCAACUACGGGCCGCAGGGAGGGCAGUACGGCCCUCAAGGUUACCCGAGGCAGCCGGGCUACAGCAACAUGCCCAGCACUAACUACCCCGGUGGCCCCGGCAUGGGUGGGUCUAUGAACCCGAUGGCAGGGCAGGGAGGAGGGGGGCCGUAUGGAGGGAUGCCUCCUGGGCGAUUGGCCCCAGGGCAGAUGGGCACGAGGCCUUUCGGUCCUGGCAUGACUCCCAACAUGGGCGGCAUGCCACCGCAGGUGGCCUCGGGCAUGUGCCCUCCGCCUGGAAUGAACAGAAAACCCCAGGAUCCGGCGUCGGCGGGCAUGCACCACGGCCCGUCCAACUCGAUACACAGGCCACCCGGUUAUCCCAACAUGGCUCAGGGGAUGAUGGGGGCUGGGUCUCCGUACGCCCCGCCCAUGAACAGCAUGCAGGGGAUGAUGAACCAGGCGGGGCCGUACCCCAUGGGCGGCAACAUGACCAACAACUCAGCGGGUAUGGCCCCCAGCCCAGAGUUCGGGAUGGAGAAGAUGAACCAGGCCCAGAAGAUGAAUAACAAGGUCGAUGGGACCCCAAAAACCGAGUCUAAGAAGAAGUCAAACUCCUCCACCACCACUAAUGAGAAGAUCACCCGGCUGUAUGAGCUGGGUCCUGAGCCGGAGAGGAAGAUGUGGGUGGACCGUUAUCUGGCCUUCGCCGAAGAGAAAGCCAUGGGCAUGAACAACCUGCCCGCCGUGGGCCGCAAACCUCUCGACCUCUUCCGCCUCUACGUGUCUGUCAAAGAGAUCGGCGGACUCACGCAGGUGAACAAGAAUAAGAAGUGGAGGGAACUGGCCACGAACCUGAACGUUGGGACGUCCAGCAGUGCAGCCAGCUCGCUGAAGAAGCAGUACAUCCAGUGUCUGUACGCCUUCGAGUGCAAGAUCGAGCGCGGAGAGGACCCUCCGCCUGACAUUUUCUCCAAUGACCCCAAAAAGAACCAGGCCAAGAUCCAGCCCCCCUCCCCAGCCGGAUCUGGAUCUUUACAGGGCCCUCAGACGCCCCAGUCCACGAGCAGCUCCAUGGCUGAAGGAGGAGACCUGAAACCCCCCACCCCUGCUUCAACACCCCACAGCCAGAUGGCCCCUGUGCCCGGCGGACGGAGCAGCGUGAAUCUUCAGGACCCCUUCGCCGACGGAGGAGACCCUGCCUUCUCUAGACGGAACUCAAUGACGCCCAACUCGGGGUACCAGGCCGGCAUGGGUGGACCUCCGGAAAUGAUGGGCCGUAUUGGUCCCUAUGAGCCGAAUAAGGACCCGUUCGGUGGAAUGAGGAAAGCGGGCGAGCAGUUCAUGACUCCAGGACAGGGUCCUAACAGCGGAAUGGGCGAGCAGUUUAACAGAGGGCCGCCGGGGCCAAUGGGUAAUAUGCAGAUGGGCCAGAGGCAGCAGUACCCGUACGGACCACCAGGAUACGACAGAAGACCAGAGCCGGGCAUGGGGCCAGAUGGCUCUAUGGGCCCUGGAGCUCCACAGCCCAACAUGAUGCCUUCCAGCGCCGACACGGGGAUGUACUCGCCGAACCGGCCGCCGCAGCAGCAGCAGAGGUUGCCAUUACCUGCUCAUUUGCAUGAAUCCUAUGGUAAUCAGUACCCUGGCCAAAGUGCUCCCCCUGGUGGACCAUACCCGAAUCAGCAGCCAGGAAUGUUCCCACAGCAGCAGCCGAAUUACAGCCAGAAGAGGCCUGUCGAUGGUGCUUAUGGUCCCCCAGCAAAGCGCCAUGAAGGUGAGAUGUUUCCCUUCAGUGGACAGCAGCAGCAGCAGGGCCCUCAGCCUUCGUGUGGACCCCAGUCCCAGCAGGACAUGUACAACCAGUAUAACACCUAUCCUGGCUCAGACCGACGCCCACCUGCUCCGCAGAGCCAGUUCCCGUUCGGUUUCAGUCGGGACAGGGGGCCUAACGCUGGGGGCCCCAACUCCCAGUCCUCCAUCCCACCGCAGAUGAUGGGCAGCCCUAUGUCGUCGGUUCCUGAUGGUCCCCAGGGCCCCAUGUGGCAGGGACGCAACGAGAUUAACUAUCCAAACUACCCAAACCGACAAGGCCCUCCUGGCGUUCCCGCUCAGGGUCCAGGCUACCACAGCAUGAACCGCUCUGAGGACAUGAUGCCUUCGGACCAGCGAAUGAACCACGAUGGUCCCUGGCCUGGCCACGUCAACCAGCGGCAGCCUCCCUACGGGCCUGGAGGUUCCGGCCCACCUAUGAGUAGAACGUUACAGUCCAACUAUCAGUCCUCUCAAAACCACAUUCCACAGGUGUCCAGCCCGACGCCCAUGCCGAGGCCCAUGGAGAACAGGACGUCACCAAGCAAGUCCCCCUACAUGCACUCUGGGAUGAAGAUCCAAAAAGCUGGACCUCCAGUCCCGGCCUCGCAUAUAGCCCCACCACCGGUUCAGCCUCCCCUGAUAAGGAGAGACGUGGCCUUUCCACCAGGCUCCGUGGAGGCUUCUCAGCCCAUCCUCAAACCACGGCGCAGGCUCACAAUGAAAGACAUUGGAACACCAGAAGCCUGGAGAGUCAUGAUGUCCCUCAAAUCAGGCUUGUUAGCUGAGAGCACUUGGGCUUUGGACACCAUCAAUAUUCUUCUGUUUGAUGACAACAGCAUUUCCAACUUCAAUUUGUGUCAGCUUUCCGGUUUCCUUGAACUGAUAGUGGAAUACUUCCGAAGAUGCCUUAUUGAGAUCUUUGGCAUCUUGAAAGAAUAUGAGGUUGGAGAUCCUGGGCAACGCACGCUGAUCGACCCAGAUGCUGUAGACCCCGAGAUGUCUGACGAAGAAGGCCCUGAGGUGGAACAGAUGGAAGAGGAGGAUGAAGAGGAGGAGGAUGAGGAGGUGGAAGAGAAGAGCAGUGAACAAACGUUACAGAUCCAGGUGAAACAGGAGAGGGAAGAGUCUGCACCGGACCAGAAACCCUGCGAGAAGUCUGAAGAGGACGAGAAGGAAGGGCAGACAUCUAAGGACGCUAGGUCAUCUACUCCAUCACAGGACAGCAGUGCCACACAGGAGAAGCCCAGGCAGGCUAGCAAAUUUGACAAGCUUCCCAUCAAGGUCGUACGGAAGAAAGAUCCUUUCGUCAUCGGGCGUACAAGCAAGUUGGGACGGCGGCAGGCCUUCGACAGUGGUCUGAUUCACUGGAGCGUUGGCGGAGGUGACACCACAGAGCACAUCCAAACUCACUUCGAGAGAAAGCUGGAGCCGCUCAAAUCUUCUAAAAGGGUUCCUGUCAACACGGAGCCCCGGAAAAAGGUGCCUCCUCCAGCAGAGCCUGUUACCCAAGAGGAAGAGAAGGCUCAGACGAGUGUUCAACAGCAAGAACAGCAGCAGCAACAAGAGUCUCAGCCUCCACCUUCCUCAGACCAACCUUCAGAACCAGAGAAGAACUCAUCAGCCGCCAGUGCAUCCAGUAGCAUAACGGCCACCAUCGAUGAUGUGCUGUCGGCUCGGCCGGGCUCGGUAACAGAAGGAGUGGUGCGAGGGGGCACAGAGGGCGACAAGGAGAAGAGCAAGUUCCUGUUCGGCAUCGACCCAGCGCGGCAGAGCAGCAGCGUCAAGAUCCUGGAGGACGAGCCGCACAGCAAGGAUGAGACCCCUCUGUGCACGUUGUCGGAAUGGCAGGAUGGGCUGGCCCGCCGGUGCAUCUGCAUAUCAAACAUCGUCCGCAGCCUGUCCUUCAUCCCCGGCAACGACCACGAAAUGUCCAAGCACCCAGGCCUGCUGUUGAUUCUAGGCCGUGUGGUGCUGCUCCACCACCAGCACCCCGAGCGCAAGCAAGCUCCGGUCACCUAUGAGAAGGAGGAAGAGGAGGAUGAAGGGGUCAGCUGCGAGCGAGACGAGUGGUGGUGGGACUGUCUGGCGGUUCUGCGAGAAAACUGUCUAGUCACGCUCGCCAACAUCUCAGGCCAGCUGGACCUUUCCAUCUAUCCCGAGAGCAUCUGUCUGCCCCUGCUGGACGGCCUACUCCACUGGGCCGUCUGUCCCUCGGCUGAAGCCCUCGACCCCUUCCCCUCGCUGGGGCUUAACGGGGCACUGUCUCCUCAGAGACUGGUGUUCGAGACCCUCAGCAAGCUCAGCAUCCAGGACAACAACGUCGACCUCAUUUUGGCCACGCCACCCUUCAGCCGUCUGGAGAAACUGUUCGGCUCGCUGGUGCGUCUGGUCGGCGAAAGAAAGGUGCCCGUGUGCCGGGAGAUGGCCGUGGUGCUGCUGGCCAACCUGGCCCAGGGCGACAACCUGGCAGCUCGGGCCAUCGCCGUGCAGAAGGGCAGCGUGGGGAACCUCCUGGGCUUUCUUGAGGACAGUCUGGCGGCGACGCAGUUCCAGCAAAGUCAGGGCUCGCUGCUGCACAUGCAAGGGGCGGCGUUCGAGCCCACCAGCGUGGACAUGAUGCGGCGGGCAGCUCGCGCCCUGCACGCCCUCGCCAAGGUGGAGGAGAACCACUCGGAGUUCACGUUGUACGAAUCGCGGCUACUGGACGUGUCCGUGUCGCCCCUCAUGAACUCGCAGGUGUCCCAUGUGAUCUGUGACGUACUGUUUCUGAUUGGCCAGUCAUGACAGCUGUGGGGUGGAGCUUUGUCCCCUCCCCUCUUUUUUUUUUCGUUUCCACACCUGUGUGUGAGGAGAAAAUCUAACUCCAAUGUUUUUUUGCUUUGUUUUUUUUUUUUUUAAUUUAUGCAAAAUCACCUCAGAUUCCACUGUCUGUCCUUUCUACCUUUUUUGCUUCUGUCUGAAGGAAGGAUUUAGUGAAUUUAACACGUAUGGAAACUAACACGGAUGGAGAGUGCGCUGCCCUUUGGGAAGGACUUUUUUUUUUAUUAAAUGAAAUAAAGUGGAUUUAAAAACAAGAAAAACGUAAACAAAAACUGUAACCAAAGUUGCUGUCACGUUUACAGUGAGUUUGGGGAAAAAAGUGCCCGUGUCCUCCUGGGCUGGGCUGGGCUGGGCUGGGCUGGGCUGGCGGGCACAGAGACCACCGUUAUCUUAGUUCGCGUUCGGAGGCCGGAGCGGGGUCCGACUCCCGUGCGUGCUGAGUUGCUGUAACUUGGAUGAUUAUAAAUAUAUAUAUUCACACGCUCGGCCCUAAAGGAACCAGGCUGUGGGCUGUGAAGGACGUUUGGAGGCCUGUGCAGUAGAUUGUAGGACUUUUUUUUGUUUUUUUGUACUGUACACCUUAAAAACAAACUGUAAACAUACUGUAAUAAUACUGUUUCACACUGAGAACGCUGGCUUGGCAGCAAAAAACUGUAGUUUUUAAAAAUGAUUUUAGUUCCUGUCGAGAGAGGAAAAAGAAGGCUUUCCCCCCAAAGUAUCGUGAACCUACAACACCCCGACCUCUUCUCUGUCCCUCGAUUGUAUGACUUGACCCUUAAAUGAAAAUCACCUCUUAGGACUGGUCUUGAGCUCCAGGUGCAGUCCAGGCUGCAGUGUAAAUAAUGAUGUACAUUACACUUGCUCUCUUCCUCCCUCUGUUUACCCCCCCCCUCUCUCUUUCUCUCCCCCCCCCCACCCCUCUCUCUCACCUUUAUGGCGCUCUUCACCAUUUUUAAUCUUUGACGAAUUAAAGGUUACACUCGAAUCCCUUCAUCGCUCAUUGCCAUGUGUUUAUUUAACCCGUUUCCUUCCCGUUCAUCUGGGCCGGGGGCGCAGGAGCAGGAGCGUCGCCCGCCCCCCUGAACUGGAUCAGAUCAGGUGUAGAGAAAUAGAUCAGCAGGUCAGUCACGUCUGCGGCUCUGAGGGAGCUUUACACCCAAACCCGACCUAGGCAGACCCCGAGGAAGACCACCCCCCACCACCCACCUCCUCUCAGCGCUGUGGAUCCUGCAUAUUCCUAUUCAGACGAUGUAGCUAAGAACUUGAUGUAAAUCCCUUUUUUCCUUUUUGGGCUUAAUGAAUAUCGUUUAUCCAGUAUGAAAUCUUUAUACUAUAUGUUCCACGUGUUAAGAAUAAAUGUACAUGAAAUCUU